AUAAAAGAUUUAACCAUACGUUGAAAAAUGUCACAGAAUACCAUAAAUAAUGAAAGGGUAAGAUAAUAUUAAAAAGUGCAUCAAAACGAAAAGGAGUAACUUUAAAACUUAGUUUUUAAGAAGUCUUAUUCUAUAAAAUCUGUAAAUACUACUUCUUAUAUAGGCCUCUAUGCUAUUAAAUAUUAAAUAUGCUACUGCCAAAUCGAUUAUAUCGAAAAUCCGAAAAUCAAAAAUAAAAAAAUACUUAUUUCUCAACAAAAAAUUGAAGCAGUGUUCUUUCAAAAAAGUGGAAUUCUUCAAACCAAAAUUAGAAAUCAAAUCUUUAGUAGCAGGUUCUCUAAUUAAUGAGUGUACUUAUUAUUUAUAUUGA